GGGGUGGUUGUAUCAUCUUGCUUGGUUCCUCUGUGAAGCUGUGAGUAGCUAUUUGUACCAUCCCCCUACACCCUUUGGAGAUGAGGAAACUAAGACUCAGAGAGGGUGAGUCACGUUCUCAAAGCUGCGCAGCUCCAGCAGGCCGGAGGUGGGCUGCGAACCCGGACGCCUGCAAUUCCCGAGCUCAGAGGCUCUCCCGUGACCCACAUGAGCCCUCGGCUCCCCAUUGGCUUUGCCUCUUGGCUCUGUGCCUGGCCCCUUGCCCUCCCUUUCCCAGGACACCCUCCCCAUAACAGGCGUUUGGUCUCCCCUCCUCUGGCCAUCCUCCGUCGUUCUCCCUCCAGAAAAGGGGCCCAACCGGAAGGCCAGUUUGCGUUAGGAAAUUCCAGCCACGUGAGCCAACCCGAGCCAGGGAUUCUGAGCAGCCGGUGGCUUUAGAAGAAACUGAAACUUGCUUUGCUGGGGGCGGAGUGGUCACUGGUGAUUUAAAGAGCUGCCACUUCCUUGGGCCCCCAGAGGGCACUGGGAGGUCACCGUGGCAGAGGGACACCCGAACUGAGCCUCUGCCCGCCCCCUGCUUAAGCCAUGCACCUCUGUGGGGGCAAUGGGCUGCUGACCAGGACGGAUCUCGAGGAGCAUCAGAGGCUGAAGAAGAAACAGAAGAAUCGUGCAGCCGCCCAGCGCAGCCGGCAGAAGCACACGGACAAGGCGGACGCCCUGCACCAGCACGAGGCCCUGGAGAAACACAACCACGUGCUGCGGAAGGAGAUCCAGGCCCUGCAGGCCGAGCUGGCGUGGUGGAGCCGGACUCUGCACGCGCAUGAGCACCUGUGCCGCGUGGACUCUGCCACCUGGUUGGCUCCGGUGACCUCUGGCUGCUGGGUCCAGACCGAGCGGCACCCAGACCCCAUGCUCCAUGGACAACAUGGCUGCCAGGAGCAGCUGGGCCUGUUCCAGACCCCAGUCUCUUCUCCCUUGGCUCACCGACUCUCUCCAGAUCCGCAGCCUCAUAGUUCGCCUGGCCUCCCCCUGUCCCCUCUGCCCUCUCUGUCCGUUGGCUCUACAGAGGUCACUGUACCCCCUCCCCAGCUGUCCCCCAGCCCUGUCCAGUCAGCCUCACCCACUGGCUCCAGCCUGCUGAGGCCUUCCUCCAAGCUCGAUACCCUCCUGCCCGGCCCCCCAGCCCAACCUGCCCCUCUACAGCCCUUUGUGAUGGAGCACCCCCCCAGAGGGAAGCUGGGGUCCUCACCUGACGGCCUCGCAGCGGCUCCGGGGCUGGCCUGCCUGCAUGGUCAGGAACACAAGCCUGAGAUGUUACCAGCAGCAGAUCAGCAAGGGCUGGGCGUGGAUCCCAGCCCCCAUCCACUCCUGGCCUUCCCCCUGCUCUCCUCUGCUCAGGUCCACUUCUAAUCCAUCCCCAGGAGCCGAGCUAGCCUGUUCCUCGGGCUGAAGGAGUAGCCUCAGCACACAGGCACCUCCUCCCUUACCAUUGGAGGUUGCCUGUCUUGGCUGACCAGCUGGCCCAGCAUUUCACCAGGAAAAGAACGUCAUCACUGCUGCCCAGUACCUGCCAGACCCUGUCAUCGCCAUUAUCUUAUUUCAACUUCAUGGUGAUUCCGCAAAAUCCAGAUUAUCAUUCCACUUUUUUAGAUAAGGAGACAGAGGCCAGAGAAGCCAUGCAACGUGCCCAAGGUCACACAGUCUUUUUUGGGACCCGAAACACCACCAUCUGCUCCUCUUUCUCCUAGUGGGAUCCUGGCCCAGGCACUCUAGGAGCUGAAGUCCUAGAAACUGGGGGCUGGUGUGAAGAGGUUUACUGCUGGGAGAAGGGAGGAGCUCUUUCUGCUGGUUUGUGAUUCCCAGAGCCACAGAGCCCUGCGGUUCCUGAAACCUCGCCCUAGCUGGGCCUAGUCCAGAGUCCAAGCCUGGAUGGGGAGAGGCCAAGCAGGAGCCCGGAAGUGGACUCUUUCUUCCCUAGCAGUGUUUUCAGUGCCAAGGAACUGAAUCUGUGGGUUGCAGGUGAGGAGAAGCCUGGAGCAGUGCCCCCAGGGAUUUCUGCUGGAGGGGCACCCAUAGCCACACCAAGACCUCUGGGAGAUUCUCCAGGGUCAGCUCUCCAGGCUAUUCCCAAAUAGCUCCUUGCCUCUCCCAGGCAGGAGCUCAAGUGCAGUAUCUGCUGGGGUGGGGGUGUGGGUUCUCGCUCAGACUCAGGACAAGCUCUGUAAGGGGCCUGAGAUGAAAAACCCCAAUCCUUCACCCAGAUUUUCACACACAUGUAAACAGACACUAUGCUAGUAUUUGACACACUCCAGGAUGCCGAGCACAAGUCUUGGCACACAUGUUAUGGUAAAUAAAUUAAAGUGUUUUCCAA